AUGACUAGCCCCAAAGAGGCUCGUCCGCCUGUCAAGAGGGCGCUGAAGCCAGCGCCGCCCCAAGCCAACCUCACAGUCCUCCCCCAUUGUCACGUCCACUCCACCCACCCCAAGCACCAAGUUGAGCUAUUAGCCGUGCCAGGGUCCCAGCCUGAAGUCAUCCAUAUCAACACGAACGCUGUCCCACAGCCAUUUUUAGAUGCCGCUCUACUCCAAAAGGAACCCUGA